GGUGUUAAAUCCCCGCAUGACGCUGGCACUAAAGAAAAACAUAUCUGGCUACAUUAAUCAUGUUUCAAGAUAGGUUUCCCUUUCUUUGUUAGGUUACCCAUAGCAUUCGUUUUCUGUAUAUGUAUCAUAAAAUUAACCGUUUAUCUCUUCACUUGUCGUCUUGUGCGCCGUCAAGCCACCGGCCUUCACAGGUCGCCAAUCAAGCGCAUGUAACAAACGGCUGAUCAAACAAAUUAUUUGUUGAAGGCUAAUACACCAAGCGUUAAGUUAUGAAAAAUGCGAUGGUUUCACCUUGAUGCAAGUUUUCACACUCUUCAUCUUCCCGUUACAAAUGUCAACAUUUUAACAACUGAAAAAAGGUAGUUUUGCUUUAAAAAAAAAAUUCUUUUGGUAUUUACAGCAUCGGGACAAGCCUUUCAAUCGUUCACAACGCUGUAAACAAAAAGUUUUUUUUCCCCUUAGGUAUCUAAUAGCAAUGUCAGUGGACUUUAAAACAAUUUUUGCUGCAACCUAAUUUCAAUGGAGUGUGUGAAAAAUGCAUUGUUUUUUUAUUUCGUGUGAAUUUCUUGAAAUACGUUUGACAUUUCUAAGAAUAGGUAGGCAAAAUGUAGAAGCAGCACGUUUUUUCGUCCAGCAGUUAAAAGUGUGAUGGUGAUGGCAUCCGAACUAUACAACAACAACAAAAAUGAAACUUGGUACACUACAAGUUGGAACUGUUUGUUUUCGAAUUCAGGCCGAGCCGGUACUCUCCCAGGUUUAUAGGCCUAACAUCAAAGCCGCUCUCACUAAUGUUUUUCGGGAUCUAGAUGUUUGUAAGGCUCGUUGCAAUUCCUAGCGUGAGAUCUUUUCCAUUGGCGGCCAUGCCGUUGAGUAUUCUUAAGUGGUCUAGUCCUUUUUAUUAUUUAUUUUUGGUGGGAGAGAAACUGUUUAUUAUUAUCUGUGAGGACCCAAUUAUUUAGAUCACGGUCAACUAAAUGUACCGAAACAUUCGGACUUGAAAAGAAAAAGUAGGGUUUCUUUACUUUUGCUUGCCGUUUUGUUGUGGGAGGACCGUCUUGAAGGUGCAACCUCCAGCUCAUUAGACCGUGUCUCGUCGUUCAGUGCAGUACGAUUUGUAAUUUGCUACCUGAUCGCCGAUAUAAAAGCUGACGGUACCAAUUGACAAACAAGGCAGUUUCCAAGUUGCAUUCCAGCAGCAAACAUCAGCACAAACUCUCGUUACCCAAACAUUUUUGUCAACGAUGGCGCUAAGAAUGAUGUUGCUUGGACUGAUGGUCGUUGCAGCCUUGUCCGAUGCGGAGCCACUGCCAAAAGCGGUUGCCGAUCCGCAGUACCAUCCUAGAUAUGAGCACGAUUACCAACCUUAUCCAGGUUACCAUAAGCCUUCGUAUAAACCAGACUAUCCAGAAUCUUAUCCUAAACCUGCUUACCCCUCUUAUUCUGCCUACAAGCCGAGUUAUGGCUCUUCGUACAAAAAGGAUAACUAUUAUUGUGACCCCCGCACUCCUCCCCAGUGCGCCAAUUCUUCCUCCAUUUAUUGUCUAAGUGAUUACGAAUACCCUCUGGAAGAAAUUGAGUACGCCAUCGAGUACGACCCACUGAUUUUGAAGAAAUACGCUGAGGUCGCUGUCCAAUCAGCUGAUAAUUUGGUUGAUGGCGUCACCGCGUCGGAAGAGAACAAGUUCGAUUAUUCCUCGUACAACGGCCAACCUUAUGACCAGAGUAACUGGAUCGGUGGCGAAGGCUACAUCUGUCCCAGCGAUGUUCUUUACGCCCGUCCUGUCCGUGCUGUGAACGUCGAAGGCGAAUGGCGUGUCAUUGUCCAGAAUGUUGCCUCCUACACUCAAACUCAGCGCGUCGAGACUUGCCUGGUCCCCGGCGCCUCUUGCCGUACGUUGGCACCGUGUUACCGCAGUUCCUGUGUCCAGAAAUAUGUCUACCAUCGUAUGCUCUCCUUUGACCCUUGCAAUAGCCAAAGAGGCCUCUUUAUUGACAUUUACAAAUUGCCAUCAGCUUGUUCGUGUCGUAUUCCUUCCAAGUCCGAUUAAUUAAAUGAUUCACCGACCUAGUAAUUCACCCAACUAUUUCAUGCUCUGUCAAAGUUAUUAACAUAUGAAUCCAUUAGUUCUAUCUGAACUCAACUGGCCGAUGCGCAAUGCUAUCCCUUAAUCCUGUUUACCAGGUUUGGCAAUGUCACUCGCUAAAUAAUUUAAAACAAUAAACUAUAUUUUUGUCUCGUA